UGAAAAUUUUCUAAAAGAGAUUUUCGAAUAAAAAUUAUAUGAAGAAGGACAUGACUUGCCCACACUAGCAUUAGGGCUCCUUAGUUCAUUUCUUCAUGAGUGAGUUAUACGAACAAACUGAACCUCAUGUUUAUGAGUCAUUUUUACUUCUGUAAAGGAUAUUUUGCUGCAAAGCUUCAUCCACUUAUUGUCGCCACUUCUAUGGGAUUUGCUCUCUACUAGUGGCUCAUUUAACAAGGGAGUACCUAAGAUGAUGAUGAAGCGUGGACUCUCUGCUACGUUAUUUUUUUCUUAGUUUGUGUGGGGCUGAAGGUGUGGAAUCCAGAAACGUAUGCACAUUUUUAUUGUCUGAAGGUUCUGUUUUCAGUGUGUAUGAACAUAUCAAUCAUUUUGAAACGAUUUGUGUGUUCACUUGUGUCGCUCCAUUCAAAAGUGUUAGAAAACAACUAGACAUACUCUCAAUAUAUAUUGAUAUUUACCUAUUGAUUGAGUUUAUCCCUUGAACUAUGCCUAUUGGCACAAUAUAUUUGUUAUAAACUACGUAAACCAAAUCAAAAAUAAAAGGAAUAUGUGUCAUAUUUAUCCCAUGCACACUUUAAAUGUGGUUACGUUUAAUUCUUGUCGUUUUCACAAAGGUGAAAUAAAUUUGAAUCAGAAUUCAAAUUAAUUCAGAUAACACUCUUUUGCACCAAUAUACUCGUAUUUUUUCCCCAACAUUACUUCAUUUCAGUCGUUCCAUCUUACCGGGUUUCAAGCAAAUAAAUUUAUAAACGGUGCUAUUAACACAUUUUAACUUUAGAGAUAAUUCUUCGUAAUGGAGCAAAUUGGCGAUGGAAUUGUACCAACUAUGACACAUUGUAGCUUAAAUUUUCGCGAGCUUCUUCACGAUCCAAACCUUUCAUUGUUUAUGCAUGCUGUUACUCGAAGUAUCAUCGACAGUUCGGAAUCUGCUUCUUUGAUGUCUCGCAUAAAACCUCUUGAUUCUGCGCUCGUGUACCGUUCGGCCCUUUUGGUUCCAUUGAUUUCCAAACACAUUGAUAAGCCUUCCAAUUAUGCCACUGAACUGUUGAACGAGGAAGAUAAGGUUCAAGAGAUUUGUCGAGAUAUUUUAAAUUCUCUGAGUCUUCAGGGAUAUGCUCGUGAGCUUCUACAAGAGUGCCAGUCUUGUGAUCGUGAACCCAAUGGCAGCCUUCGUUUCACUCAACCUCCUUCUCUUUCUCAAAUUCAACAAAUUGAAGAAAAUUACCCCAACUAUAUGCCUUUUAUUCAGAGACGAGAGACACAGUUACAACUUGAAAUUCUUUCUUUAUUUCCCACCGAAUGAAUUCAAGUGAUAGCUAGUAUUUCUUUUGUUUAAAUCUAUCUUUUAAAUCUGCUACUGCUUUAUUACUCUUUUUAAAAAGACGGAAUAACGCAGAUUCCAAGCCAAUCACUUUGGCAAUACCUGA